GCUGAUGAUUAAAAUUGUCCAGUACCGAACCAUCCCAAAAUGAAGAUAAUUCUUAUCUGCCUGGCGUGCUGGAUCGCUGUGGGAAUAGCAGCUCCUGAGAAAGGGUUAUUUCUUAACCUGGACAAUGGAGAGCUUUGCAUUGGAAGCUUUCAAUGCAAGAGUGACUGUUGUCAGAGAGACACUGCAUUGAGUCUGUCAAGGUGUUUCAGCAAAGGACCUGAGGGAGAUUUGUGCUCUGACCAUUUCCUGUACAAUAUUUACUACAGAUGUCCCUGUGAGCGGGGCCUGAAGUGCGAUGGGGAUAAAUCCUUCAUUGGCUCCAUAACCAACACCAACUUUGGCACCUGCAAAGACCCGAACGAUAUAACAAAAGUCAUCCAACCAAAAGAAGACUAAAGGAUCAACCUAAAUGAUCUCAGCACAGUUCACUGCUGUGUCUAACCACUAAAGCACAGAGUGUAUUUGGGAGUUACGCAACACCCACACCUAUAUAUGUAUCGUACAUAUCGAUUAUUUGUCGUGAUUAAGUCUUGAAGGAGGGAACAAUUGAGGCUGUAAGCUUCCUUUCUGAUCUACAAGGUGAUUUGUCGUUGAUUGAUUAAAAAUCACUUCAAUUAAUCUUAAUCCAAGUGUGACGAUGCCUUUCAUUUACUCUGAAGUCGCAGCAGAAACCCAAAAGUUCUCGAGUUUUAUUAUACACAGUUAAUUGCAAAAUUAAACCUUGAACGCGUCAGAUUAAACACUGGGCAGAGAUGAGCCUCUGUUGUUGAAAUACAACACGUAACAUGGCAUGAACAACCGGCAAAUGCAUCGUUUUAUUCAGUAAAAUGUAGAUUUCAAUAACACUAAAGCAAAUCAAUCCCUCCAGUUGGCUCAUUUUCUCCUUUGAUGAUUUGUUUUCCUUCAUAGCGUCUUGCAGUCCUGCAUGCUUUUAUAAAUAAACCUAUUUGUCCUCUGCAAUAAUGUCCAAUAAAACACUGUUUUGCAU